AUGGCAGAUUCUGCGCCUGGUGCUCUCGCGCGAGGCACCCGAUUCGUUAGGAACGUUUUGACCGGCCAACAUGCGCUCUCCAAACUCAUCCCCGUCGCGCUCUGGCUCGCCGACGCGGUGGGCACUAGUCUGAUCAUCUGGAAAGUCCCAUACACCGAGAUCGACUGGGUGGCAUACAUGCAACAGGUUUCACAAUUCAUCUCCGGCGAACGAGACUACACCAAGAUCGAGGGCGGCACGGGUCCCCUCGUGUACCCGGCUGCCCAUGUCUACACUUUCACAGGACUCUAUCAUAUCACGAAUGAGGGCGAGAAUAUCUUCCUCGCACAACAAAUCUUCGGUGUCCUGUAUAUGGCGACAUUGGCAGUGGUCAUGCUUUGCUAUUGGAAAGCCAAGGUACCUCCGUACAUGUUCGUCUUUCUGAUCGCCUCGAAACGAUUGCACAGCCUUUUUGUCCUGCGAUGUUUCAAUGACUGUUUCGCCGUCUUCUUCCUAUGGCUCAGCAUCUACUUUUUCCAGCGUCGAAAUUGGACUUUUGGAAGUCUGGCAUAUACCUGGGGUCUAGGAAUCAAGAUGUCGCUAUUGUUGGUCCUUCCUGCUAUUGGCGUUAUUCUUUUGCUAGGAAGAGGUUUCUGGCCCGGUCUACGUCUCGCAUGGCUUAUGGCACAGGUUCAGUUUGCGAUUGGAAUUCCUUUCAUCAUGAAGAACUCUCGUGGUUAUGCGGCUCGAGCUUUUGAGCUGUCGCGCGAGUUCAAGUUCGAAUGGACGGUCAACUGGCGCAUGUUGGGCGAGGAUGUCUUCCUCAGCAAGCCUUUUGCUAUAUUCCUUCUCGCUUGCCAUGUCACAGCACUUCUGGUUUUCAUUUCCCAGAGAUGGCUGCAACCAACUGGACGGCCUCUUUCUGCCAUGAUACCUUCCUUCUUGCAGCUCAAGUCUCCGUUCACUCUGCAGGAGCAGCUUCGAAUCUCCCACUAUGUCACCCCCGAGUAUGUCAUGACAACGAUGCUCUCUGCCAACGUCAUUGGCCUCCUAUUUGCGAGAUCGCUCCAUUACCAAUUCUAUGCCUAUCUCGCGUGGGCAUCACCCUACCUCAUCUGGCGAGCCACAGAAGAUCCCUUCAUUGUGCUGCUUAUCUGGGCUGCGCAGGAGUGGGCCUGGAACGUCUUCCCAAGCACCGACCUCAGCUCUCGCGUCACUGUGGGUGCGAUGCUUGCGACGGUUGUGUUGGCGUAUCGCGGGACAGCCAGGCUUGCUGUUCCCCCUUCUCAGGCUAGGAAAAUCGAAGCCAAGAAAAAAUAG